GGACAUCAGACGCACCUGUGGGCUGAUAUUCGGUCUCCGGUCAGUUUGGGCGUUGUUUUUUGGCUCACCUCACCUGUGAGUGGCAGGUUUAUUUGGUGUUUUUCGGAGGAGAGUGAGGUUGCGUCCGCAGCGCACCGUGGAUGAAAACUCACUCCCCGGUCCCCCCCCAUGGCGAAACGGCUCAAUAACGUGCGCCUAGCAUGGCUGUGGCUCCUGCACCGACCGCCCAGGGACCGGUAUGGCUUUUAGCCGCGUCGGUAAACUGGACCCCCCGUCCCGAGGCGUCUCCCGGAAAGCGGCGGUCAUGCUGUGCUCCCUGCUCACCUCUUACGUCCUCCUGCAAUGCCUCGCGGGCGGCUGCGGCACCUCGCCGGUCGGGGCGACCUCCGGCCGGGCGUCGGCGGGGCUCUCGGAGCGGCCGCAGGCGACGAGGACCAAGCGGCUCGCGUACGAGUGGACCGCCGGGUCCGCGGCGCCCGGAGAGUCCCCCUUCACCCCGCCCAGGAGAGGGUCGCGCAGGUUCCCAGGUAAACUCAGUCCGCUCGGGGAGGGCAGCAAGAAGCUGCCGCAGGCGCUCAUCAUCGGGGUGAAGAAAGGCGGCACCCGGGCUCUGCUGGAGUUCCUGCGGGUCCACCCGGACAUCAGGGCCGUGGGAGCGGAGCCGCACUUCUUCGACCGCAACUACGAGAACGGACUGGAGUGGUACAGGGAGCUGAUGCCCAAGACUCUGGAGGGCCAGAUCACCAUGGAGAAAACCCCCAGCUACUUUGUGACCAGAGAGGCUCCGUCCAGGAUAGCCGCCAUGUCCCGGGACACCAAGGUGAUCGUGGUGGUGAGGGACCCCGUCACCAGGGCCAUCUCGGACUACACGCAGACGCUGUCCAAGAAGCCCGACAUCCCCUCCUUCGAGAGCCUCACCUUCAAAAACAGGACUACGGGGCUCAUCGACACCUCGUGGAGCGCCGUGCAGAUCGGCAUCUACGCCAAGCACCUGGACAACUGGCUGCAGUACUUCCCCAUGGAGCAGAUCCUGUUUGUGAGCGGCGAGCGGCUGAUCAGCGACCCGGCCGGAGAGCUGGGUCGCGUGCAGGACUUCCUGGGCCUCAAGAGGAUCAUCACGGACAAACACUUUUACUUCAACCAGACCAAGGGUUUCCCGUGCCUCAAGAAAGCCGAGGGCAGCAGCAAGCCCCACUGCCUGGGCAAGACCAAAGGGCGGACCCACCCCAACAUCGACCCCGAGGUGGUGCAGCGGCUACGGGACUUCUACCGGCCCUUCAACAUGAAGUUCUACCAGAUGACGGGGCGCUUCUUCGGCUGGGAUGACUGAAUGCGUUUUUCACCGAGGGCUGUCAGACGUGCUGUAACGGAGUAUUAGGAGCACUUCACGGGCUGGUGAGGGGGGGGUCAUAUUGCAGUGGCAAAGUCAUAAUUUUACAAGAAAAUAAGUCUAAUGUGACAACUCUAAAGAAAUGAAAUUGUGAAAACGUGAAAAGGGACUUUGUACAAAUUAUGUUUUGGCAAGCAAAAAUAUUUAUAGUAUUUAUGGAGAGUGAGGCAAUGACAUGCACACUUCUUUAAAUCAUGACCUUACAGCAUCAGGGUUGAAACUUGUAUUUGAUUAUUAUUAUUCCUACUUAUGAUAUUAAUAUGAUUUCUAAAUAUCUUACCUCAUACUUUCAUAUGACUUUGUUUUAUUGUAGUAAAAUAUAACAUAAUAUUUUGUCAAAUAUAGAUCAUAUAAUAUAUAAAUAUAUAUUCACAAACAUAACAACCAAAAUGUUGCAGUCCAGUCCUGUAAAGUACUCUUAAAAUGUUUCUUUGCCAAAACAUGUGACAUUUUGUCAAUAUAUAAUAUAUAAAUAAAUAUAUAUUAGUAUUUUCCUGAGAUAAUUGUGACUUUGAUGGCCGAAGCAGUGCUCCUCGUACUCCGUCCUCAGCACUAACCGAGCAAUACGUGGCUGUUACAGAAUCUCCACAGAUAUGCAAUAUUUCCCUGUUUUAUGUCCCGUCGGCGGCGCUGCCUCUAAACCCACGAUCACGGAGAUGUUUUAUUCUAAAAACAUAUGGAGUUCAAAGGAUUUUGGGUUAUAUCUGAAGUGAAGUGCUUCUUUAAGAAGAUGUUUGAAAUGACAUUGUGCCCAGGGGCUUUUUGAUAAAAGCAGCGUUGUGAUGCCAUAUUUUAAACAUACGUUUGCUUUCAAAUUUGAACAUUUUUACUAGAAGAAGAAAAUAUGAAAAUAAUGAUAUGUAUUUUUGAAAUGUAUUUAUUCGAGAAGUACACGAGCAGUAUCUAUGUACGUAUGAAUAACUCCUCAGAGAUGAUUUGCUGCCUAAUUAUUAUUCUUCCCAUGCCUUUUUAGAGUUUUUAUUUUUUAUUUUUUUCGUGACUGCGCCGAGCUGCUUGGCAUUGUGGGAGCGCCGGUCCCCACGUGGGGGGGGCACCCAGUGACCCCCCCACGAGCCGCAUCUCUCCGCCGAUAUCCAAGCAACAGCGACUCCCCUCCCCAGAGCCGCGACUCGAGUUUCCCCCAACACGAAUGGAACGCACCCCGAUGAACGCCGCCCG